AUGUCGGGAACAAGCACGCCUUUCCCCCUGCAGAACACGCCAGCAGCAUCAGGAGCCGGAGGAGAGAUAAGCAGGACUGUCUCCCAAGUAAUGACUGCUGCUAGCGCUGAUGAUCAAUGGGGUAUGCCACCACAGGCCACUGUGCUGGCAAGGAGAGUCUCACAGGCGUCUGUAUCGUCCGAGUCCGCCUAUGGUGGGGAUACACAGAACACGCUGGCAGAGCCAGAAGUUCAGUUUCAGAUACGUGAUCGAAAGCGCCGCCUCACGAGCACGAGUGACGCGGCUAAGUUACCGCGCACGUACUCUAGUGGUAUGAUGGAGAGCGAGCCCGAGGCCACGCCUGUGUCACUGCAUCGGUCCAUGUCGGAGGUUCAAUCAGGCUCAUCGCAAAUACCUGGUACCUCAUAUGGCACAGCAAUUGAUAUCACUUCGUCCCCCCCAGAAGGCGGAGCAGUUAGUUCAAUGAGCCGUAUGAUACCCGGCUACGGUCAUUUCGCACCUCCGGGCAAUCAUCCGGACCCACAUCCUGCGAGGAGAUAUCAAACAUGGCAUACCUCAAUACCUGCUGUGCAAGCAGCCAGCUCACAGCCUGCUAUCAACUCCAGUCGAAAGCCUCUUCCUUGGGCUCCGCCGCCGCGCCGUUCUUCGCAGUCCUCGAGCGGUGAGAUAUGGUCGAGGGGUUUGCAUGCGUGCGGCGCAGACAGAUCGUCCGAUGAUACUAGUCCAGACAAUGCGACCUCGGAAGAUCUUCUGCGCCUUGGAGGCUCUAUGGGGCUAUCAAUGUAUAGAGUUGAUCAGUCUCGAUACCCACCACUUCAUCAUAACGGACAGAGAACCUUGGACAGUUUCGGAUGGGGAGCGGCGCGUAGCGGAAGGUCCUCAGAAGCAGCGAUGGAGACAAGUUUAUCCAGUCCAAGUAUUGGAACUUAUUCGGGACCUGAUAUUGAAGAAUCAUCAGAAGGACUGCCGGAGUUCUCUGAGGCGGGUCCGCCGAGAUGGCAGCCUGACGAAGAGGUCACAAGCUGCCCUAUCUGUGGGACAGUCUUUAACUUCUGGCACCGGAAGCACCACUGCCGCAAGUGUGGCCGCGUCGUUUGUGCGAGCUGCUCACCUCACUUGAUUGUCAUUCCUCGUCAAUACAUCGUUCGUCCUCCCGACACUCUUAACUCACUCCUACACUCAUCUCCGGCGGACUUACCCUCGUCUUCCUCGCACCUGCAUUCAUCUCCUGCGCAUCAACCUCCGGUGGUCGAUUCAACCAGAGAAGGUCCUCACCAUCUCUUCGACCCAUCGACCAACCCUGCGCUUGGCGGCGGAGAAAAAGUUCGCCUUUGCAAUCCCUGUGUGCCUGACCCAAAUCCUAAUCCCUUGGGGUACGGCUUCCCUCGCGUGUCAACCCAUCGAUCCACGCACUCGGUAGAUUCGAUGGGCCACCGACACUCUCGAGUUGCGCGAGAAGGCGCUUCUCAUCGUCAGGAGCGACGAACACUUGGGUCAACUGACCGUCCGUCAGAUCUUCCUGGACUUGAUCAUCACGUCCGUCGAUCUAUGACCGCCACUACGGUCAGACCAUCCCCAACUGUCCCCGGAGCUUCUGUUUCUGUGGCCCCGAGACGCCCUGAAGUCUCGGAAGACGACAUGUGUCCCGUCUGUGGACUGAUCUUCCCGCCGCUCGACAACGAGCACACCCAGGAAGCUCGCGAGGAACAUGUGCGCGAGUGCAUCGAGAACUACGGUGCCUCGCCGACAGCCCAGGCCGAGCCUGCACAUGUGGACCUUCGACAAGCACCACCGCCCCCAUCCCAGCCGUCAACUUCCUUGCCUGCAGCUCCUCAAAUGCUGUCAUUUACAGCUUCGGAGAAGGACUGUGUUGGUGAGAACGGCGAAGUGGGUGAAUGCUCCAUCUGCUUCGAGGACUAUGAGGCCGGGCAGAUCCUAGCUCGCCUCAAAUGUCUCUGCAAGUUUCACAAGGCUUGCAUUGAUGACUGGUUCGAGAGGAAGAUGGAGUGUCCAGUGCACAAAGUCUAG